GGCCUAACCGCCUGACGCGGCGCGGCUUGCGUCGGCGUCCUCCGAUAGGACGGUCAAGGUCUGGGAUACAACGACAGGACAGUGCGUCGCGACGCUUAAGGGACAUGGCUACGGGUCAAUUCGGUAGUCUGGUCGCACGAUGCGGCACGGCUCGCAUCGGCGGCGGGGAUAGUACAGUCAAGAUCUGUGAUGCCACGACGGGCCGGUGCGUCGCAACACUGGACAUUGGCCGUGUUUCUCAUCCUCUCCAGUUUGAUACAUCUCUAUUUCACCGGCUGCAUACCGGAGUCGGCACAUUCGACUUACCGCCCACGCUACCUUCUACAGUUCUGGCUAUAGCCUCAACUGACUAUACACCGUCACCAGCUUUAUUUCAACGCAUUGGGUAUGGCCUAAAUAGCAACGGCACCUGGAUCAUAUACGAGGUGAAAAUAUUCUGUGGUUGCCCCCGGAGUAUAGACCAACGUCAUCCGCAUCCGCUGGAUCUGGCACGGCUCUGGCGCUCGGCUGUCCUACGGGCCGUGUCUGGAUCGUUGUGUUUUCGGAAGGUAACCCUAUUUCGCAGCGGGGUUAAGGCCUAACGUUAUUCCUUGUUCUUGUUCGGCAACUGUGAUAUCACCGCGGCACCGGAAAGGGCGAUCGAGUGGCUGGCUGGCCUUCCCUUCUGGGAUUAGAGACAUACACCGU